AUGUCAGUCAAGAAGCUUAUCCUCGUCAUUGGUGCGACUGGUGUCCAAGGAAGAACAGUGAUUUCUUCAUUAUUAGCACCGCAAGCUGAUGGAACCCCGUCUCCAUGGUCAAUUAGAGCACUGACCCGAGACCCAACCAGUGAACGAGCCCAAGUCCUCUCCUCUUGGGGGGUUGAACUAUUCAAAGGCCGAAUAGACGAGAGCCUGGAUAGUAUCACCCCCGCAUUCGAAGGAUGCUAUGGCGUUUAUGUCAACAUAGACUCUUUUACCGUCGGUCAACGAAUCGAAAUCUACGCCGGUAUCAAGUUGUAUGAACAAGCACGUCGUGCGCACAUAAAACAUUUCAUCUGGAGUGGGCUUGAUUAUGCUAGUAAGCUCGGUAAUUUUGAUCCAAAGUAUCGACUAGCUUUCCAUUUCGAUGCGAAAGGUAUCGUCGGCGAAUUUCUUCGAUCGCAGCCGUCAAGCCCGGACGGAGACUCGUUAACAUGGUCGAUAAUCUCCACUGGCCCAUAUUUAGAAAACCUUUUCGGCCCACUCCUGGGUCCCCUGCCAAAGCGCGAGAACGGUGUCUUGGUCUGGGCACUUCCCACCGGAGAUGGUCACAUCCCUUUGAUCAGUCUCCAAGAUAUUGGUUGGUGGGCCCGGUACACCUUUGAUCACCGCUUAGAAACCUCUGGCCAAGAGCUUAAAAUUGCGACUGAGAUGGCGACUGCUGAACAAAUGGUCAAAACAUUUACCCGAGUGACAGGGAUCCCUGCCAUUCACAAACGCAUACCUAUUGAUGAAUACCUAGCUACUUAUCCCGGUCGCUUCACUAGACCCAUGGUAAGCGGAGAGCCAGAUGGGUAUACUAUAGGAGACACAUAUCGUGGGGUGUAUACUCUUAUGGGCAACGACAUCGUAACUCGGGACAUGGAGUGGAUUAGGCGGGUGCAUCCUACAGGACAUACACUGGAGAGCUUCAUCAAAGAGAAAGGUUUUGAUGGAACUCUCAAUGCAAAUUUCACGCUCCUCAAUGCCUCACACCUCCAUGCCGAGACGCAGAGUGGAAAAUAA